AUGAAAUAUCCUAAUGGAACAAGACCUGCUCGCAUAACAAAUGGGGGAUAUUGGAAGGUCUCGGGAAAAGAUAAGAUCAUCAGAGAUAGAGAUGCAAAGGAGAUUGGUCGCAAGAAGUCUCUUGUCUUCUAUGAAGGGCACCAAGGUAAUGGAACAAGAACAAGAUCGCUGAUGCAAGAGUACACUAUUAAGGAAUUCUGGUUUACUACUGACCAAAACAAGAAUGAGCUUGGUGCUAUGGCUUUGUGUGAAAUAUACCUAAAGCCAACACUAAAUCAAUCGAGGGAUGGCGAGCUUCAAGUGGAUGAACAGGAAGAGGAGGAUGAAGGCAUUGGAAACGUUGCGCCCGGCCACCACUUCAGGCCUUAUCCCAAGGAGCUGGUGAAAUUCUACCUUCGGCCCAGGCUGUUGAACCAACCCCUUCCAUGCCAGGCUAUCAAAGAGUUGAACCUCUACGAUUUCCACCUCAGGGAUAUCUUAGGUGGUGGGACAAGGCCAGUGGGUUGUGGUUGGCAGUGCUUGGAUAUUGUGUGGGCAUGGGAUGAUUUUCUAUUUGGGAAGGCGAUAAAGGUAGAGUAG